GGGAGGCGUGGCUCCAUAGUCGAGUUCCUCAUAAAAAGGCGCACUCAAUAUUUUUCUCCCCCACUCUCACCUGGAGUCGCAGGACAGAUUCAGGCUUCUCACAAACGAGGACUCACUCAACUCAGGCAAAAUGGUGAAAGUCGGUAUCAACGGAUUUGGCCGCAUCGGUCGUCUGGUGACCCGUGCCGCUUUCCACUCCAAGAAGGUGGAAAUUGUGGCCAUCAAUGACCCCUUCAUCGACCUGGAAUACAUGGUCUACAUGUUCAAGUAUGACUCUACCCACGGCCGCUUCCACGGUGAGGUCAAGGUUGAGGGUGACAAGCUGGUCAUCGAUGGACACAAGGUCACAGUGUUCCACGAGAGGGACCCGGCCAACAUCAAAUGGGGCGAUGCUGGUGCCCAGUACGUGGUUGAAUCCACUGGUGUUUUUACCACCAUUGAGAAGGCCUCUAGUCACUUGAAGGGUGGUGCCAAGAGAGUCAUCAUCUCUGCCCCCAGCGCUGACGCACCCAUGUUCGUCAUGGGGGUCAACCACGAGAAGUACGACAACUCUCUCAAGGUUGUCAGCAACGCUUCCUGCACAACUAACUGCCUGGCCCCCCUGGCCAAGGUCAUCAAUGACAACUUUGGCAUCAUUGAGGGCUUGAUGAGCACAGUUCACGCCAUCACCGCCACCCAAAAGACGGUGGACGGCCCCUCGGGCAAGCUGUGGAGGGACGGCCGCGGCGCCAGCCAGAACAUCAUCCCCGCUUCCACCGGCGCCGCCAAAGCUGUCGGCAAGGUCAUCCCCGAGCUUAACGGCAAGCUGACCGGCAUGGCCUUCCGUGUGCCCACCCCCAACGUGUCCGUGGUGGACCUUACCGUCCGUCUGGAGAAACCCGCCAAGUAUGACGACAUCAAGAAGGUGGUGAAGGCUGCCGCUGAUGGACCAAUGAAGGGCAUUCUGGGAUACACGGACCACCAGGUGGUGUCCACAGACUUCAACGGUGACACCCACUCCUCCAUUUUUGAUGCUGGCGCUGGCAUUGCCCUCAAUGACCACUUUGUCAAGCUGGUCUCGUGGUACGACAACGAGUUCGGCUACAGCAACCGCGUGUGCGACCUGAUGGCCCACAUGGCUUCCAAGGAGUGAACCCAGUUACUUUUCCACAUUCUCCACAUCAGUGUUCCGCAUGCACAAUGACAAAGUUUCACUGUACACAUGGAACUCUGUCAUGUUUUGUUUACUAGACGAACCCCGCUGCCUGGGAAGAGACCCCCCCACUCCCCCACCCUUCUACAGAUCACAAUAGGAAUUAUUUGUAAAAAUUUCCUUCUCUGAAAUGUCCUGUUCUGCGCUUGUGAGGCGUUGAAGGUGUUGAGUGUCUGUGGAACUGGAGUCGGCGGAGAAAUAAAAGUCCUCUUUGUGAGA